UUCUGAAAAUGAUGAAAGCAAUGAUUCAGAAAAUGAAGAAGAUAGUACAACUAGUGACGAAGAUGAAGAAGAUAGUACAACCAGUGAAGAGGAUGAAGAAGAUAGCUCUGAUAUGGAAGACGAUAUAAUAAGUUUAUAUCUAGAAGAUGACUUUGAUGAAAAAUCAUCAAUUUCUAGAAAAUUAUCUAAAGAAAAAUUUAAUGAUCCAGAUGAUUCGCCUUCUUCAAGUGAUUCUUCGAAAGAUUUAAGUGAUUCAAGUAAAUCUUCAAUAGAUUUACAAGACCAUAAAUUUAUUAAUUUUAUUCCACCAGAAAUCGAUCCUGAAGUUUUUGAUCCACCGUUCAAUUUUGAAGAUAAUUCGAAUGAUUGGAUAAUCUUAUGGGUAAUGAAAUAUCAGCAAAGAUUCAACAUACCCGAUACGG